AAGUAUAUACAAUAUACAGGGUGUUCUAGAAUUGAUGCUAAAAAAGAAGAGGCAUAUUCUACGAAGAAGGUAAAAUUCACCUAUAAACAACAUAUGUUCGAGAAAAAUACGCGCCAAAUAUCUUCACUGAGUUUUGCAACAAAUUUAAUAUUUUCUGUGUAGUGUGCAAACUUGAAGAUACUAAUACGAUAAGACUUAAGGUGUUGACUUUAAGGUAUAAGUCAAUUUUACCUUUUUUUGAUGUUAUAAAAUGACUGUUCUUCUUAUCAUCAAUCUAUAAAUACUAUGUGUGCGUUCGUACGUACGUGCGCGCGCGUGGGUGUGUGUGUAAAAUUGAAAUCUUUUAUGUGCUAAAUAAUGCGAAAAACAUAUUGAACAAAUUUGUACAUAUUACAUAUAUAUUUAUGGAUCUUUCACAAAAGACGAUAAAUAUAACUUUGAAAAUCGUUGCUAACAAAACAAUACAUUUUAAAUUCAAAAUUAUCGUAUCACUCACCAUAGCACACGUGCAUUGGUACGCAUUUAGCCUGUCACUGGAAUCAACAAGUAAUUAAACUCUCCCAAAAAGAUUGUCAGCAAUUAUUUUGAAAGCCAUCACUUUCUUAUGUUCUUUAAAAUUUACGUUUGCGCGCUUCUUCCCUUUUUCUGGAACCAACUAGCUGCUGCUAGUGUCAUUUAGCGGCAAGCGAUGGUACUAAUAAAAUAAAAAAUUAUCUUGUGUUUGUACUAAAAUUUUGAAUCAGUAGUACUUGCAUUAUCAAGUCAAAUGUAUUUGUAAUUAUGUAUGCAUUUAUAGGUUAUAUGAUGUAUUAUCAUAUGUAUUUAUAUUAAAAGAUAAAUCAUGACAUUUACAACGUUAAACUUAAACUCAUGGCUGGUUGACCAGUGUAAUUUUAUGGGUUUAAAAAAUCCCACACCAAUUCAACAGAAUUGUAUACCUAGAAUUUUAGCAGGUGAAGAUUGUAUUGGUUGUGCAAAAACUGGCAGUGGUAAAACACUUGCCUUUGCACUUCCUAUAUUACAGAAAUUAUCAGAAGAUCCAUAUGGCAUUUUUGCACUUAUUUUAACACCAACUAGAGAACUUGCUUUUCAAAUUGCCGAUCAAUUUUCAGCAAUAGGAAAAUCUAUUGGUUUGAAGAAAUGUGUAAUUGUUGGUGGUAUGGAUAUGGUUAUACAAGGUUUAGAACUAUCAAAACAUCCACAUAUAGUUGUUGCAACCCCAGGAAGAUUAGCAGAUCACUUGACAAGUUGCAACACAUUUUCUCUGAAGAAAAUAAAAUUCUUAGUUUUAGAUGAAGCUGAUAGAUUAUUAGAAGGACACUUUGAUGAUCAAUUAAAAGUUAUAUUUGAUGCAUUACCUAAACAAAAGCAAAUGUUACUCUUUAGUGCAACAAUGACAGAUGCUCUUAGCAAAGUAAAAGAUAUAGUAUCAAAAAAGGCUUUCAUUUGGGAAUCAACAGAGGAUUCUGGUGUGGCUACAGUGAGGCAACUAGAUCAACGUUAUGUACUUUGUCCAAGCGAUGUCCGCGAUUCUUUUUUAGUAGAAGUAAUAAGAACAUUUAGAACAACAAAUGAGAAUGGAUCUAUAAUGAUUUUUACAGACACUUGCAAGAAUUGUCAAGUACUGUCUAUGAUGUUAAGUGAUGUGGGGUUUAAAAAUGUAGCUCUACAUGCAAUGAUAAAACAGAAAGAUCGUCUUGCAGCACUCAGCCAAUUUAAGUCAAAUCAUAUACAAAUUUUAAUAGCUACAGAUGUUGCAGCAAGAGGUUUAGAUAUUCCUACAGUUGAAUUAGUUGUAAAUCAUAUUGUACCAAAUGUGCCAAAAGAGUACAUUCAUAGAGUUGGAAGAACAGCUAGAGCAGGUAAAGGAGGUAUGGCAAUUACUCUGAUAGCACCCAACGAUAUUAAAUUGUUACAUGCUGUUGAGGAAGCUAUUGGAACAAAAUUGACAGAAUAUAAAGUUAAUGAUACGGAAAUAAUUAAAAUCCUAACACAAAUUUCUGUUGCUAAACGAGAAGCGGAAAUGAAAUUAGACGAAACGGACUUUUAUGAGAAGAAACGAAUCAAUAAACGUAAAAAGCUUAUUCUUGAAGGCAAGGAUCCUGAUGAAAUUGAAGAGAUUAUAGAAAGGAAAAAACGUUACAAAUCAAAGAGGAAAGACACUGAUAAGAGUAAAUAUAAUAUAAGUUGAAUACAAGUAAAAGUAUAAUUAAUUUUUAUUAUUUUUAUAAAGUGUACACAGACAUAAUAUAUUUAUCAUAUAAAAGGCGAGUAUUUAUAUCGUUUCCUGUACA